AUAAGCAGUCAUGUUUUUUCCAUUGUGCCUUGUCGUGUAUUAAUGUUGUAACCUGCUGUUGAGCGGAAGUGAAAUCUUAUUGUUAUGAGCUUGGAUUGGCUUUCAAGCCCAUAACAGUUUUGCGUUAAGAGUUUUAAGUCUUUUAUGGUCAUUUUGAGGGAAAAAACGACUCUGUUCUGCACUUGGAACUUUUAAUUGUUGCUGCUGAGUGCUUUUGCAGUGAGCUGAACUAAACAUUUGGUCUCGCGUUACAGCGUGCGUCAGAUCAUCGAGUUCAACAAUGCAGUGUAUCACAAUAAAGACUAUUCUGAAUUUGAUUUUGGCUUCAGCAUUUAUGGGUGUCUUUUUUAAAGCUUUCUGCAAGAAUAUUCCGUCUGGUUUUACAUUAAUAAACCGACCGUACACAUUCCCCGUUAACGCCAGCGGCUGUCACCACGCUGAAUGGAGAAAGAGACCCCCCACAGACGCCACUAUCGCCACAUACAAAAACCAUAAGUGCAUGACUGAAAAAGGCUUUGAGGAAGAAUUCACAUGUAUAGACCACCAUCUGCUUCUCAAAGCAGCUAAAUACACUGACCAGGGGCCCUAUGAGUUCAUCUGUAAAGGGGCUCAAACUUCAAUUCAACUGGACGUUUUAUAUGCUCUAAAUGUGAGUGUAGAAGAGACGGACAACAUCACCUUCAGCUGUUAUUCGCUCAGUCCCAAGGAUGUGACGUGGCUGCAUAACGAUGAAAGAGUUUUGCACUACAAGAAGGACGGAUCCGUGAAUCAUGGCAAAGGUUACGAGGGAAGAUUAUCGCCGGAGAAGAACUGCUUCAAAACCGGCGAUUUCUCUCUGACCAUCCUUAAUGUUAGCAAGGCAGAUGCUGGAAUAUACCGCUGUUUUGAGGAUGAUGAAACCGCUAAAGGAAACCCACACGCCUAUGUGCUGCAUGUGAACGAGAAACGCUCCAGUCCAGGAGACCAAACACAGCCCAACUGCAAUGAAGCAGCUCUGGUUAUUUAUAAGACAUGCACCAUAGUUUUGGGGCUCGUCUUGGGGCUCAUCUUGGUUGUCGGUGCGAUAUACUGGAUCACCAUAAAACUACACAAUCGUCAGCCCACACCUGCUCCAGCCUCUCAGAAGAGUGAGGAGAGCACACCUGAAGAUGACCGUAUGCUGAUGUCUGAUAAAGACACAACUCCACCCACCAAUGAACGCCAGCCUGUUCAGGAGAGCCACCACACCGAAAAUAAGUCUUCCGGCACCCAGCCUUUUGUGUAAUCUUGCAGAACGAGGCUUGUGAAGAAGAUACAGACAUCUAGGCCUGUUUCACACCGUUCUCCCUCAAACAACAGUAUUCAUACAACAUCAGCUUCAUGUUGAGCUUUCACAGCAUUUCUGCA